CUAAAAAGUAUUCUUUGAUUCUAUGAAAUCAUCUCUUGAUUGUCAAAGAGCACAAAGUAUACAGACAUUUAAACUGGAUAUGACACUUCAAUACCACUUUUUGCUACAAACAUCCCACUGUAUUUCUUUCAUGCUGGGCAAAGUGAAAAUAACUAGUGUAAAGUGUCCCUGUCUUAAGAUCUUCAGUAUGUAUAGCUAAGACACACAAAGAAGGCAGGAAGAUAAAUAGACAGAAGGGUAAUGUUAUUUACUCAAGGAUCAGUGGAAUAGUACAAGAUUACUGUCAGAGGCAGAGUUAAGACAUGUACCACUGAGCAAUAUUCUAGGGGAAAAAACUAUUUCUUUAUGCUGUUAAAAUGCCACACUUCUCUCAUAGGCAUAAUUAAAAAUAUAAAUUUUCCAGUAUAAUCAUUUGCCGAUGAGCUGAUAGAGACAUUCCUAUACAGUCACUAACAACUACAGUUACGAUUAUUGGGCUUGCCAAUUACAGCUUCAUUAGGAUGUCUUGGAAAUAUAGAAGAAAAGUAGGAAAUGGUGGAAGAGCUGGCAGAAGCAAAGAGUGGCAGUGGGUAGCAGAAGGCCAUAGAGGGGCAGAAGGAGGAGGCAAUGGAGAAGGUGACAAAAGAAGUUCCAAAGGGCUGCAGCAGAAGCAGAGAAGGAGGAGGUGACAGAGGAAGUGAUGUAAGAAAGGAGGCAGAAGAAGGUGGUGGAAGAGAAGGAGAUGGUGAAUGAGAUGACAGAGUAGGUGACAAAAGAAGCUGGAAGAAGGUGGUGAAUAAGAGAAGGUGGAGGCAGUGGAAGGUGGCAGAGGCCAAAGGUGGAGGUAUGCAGUGGCUAAAGGGUGGAAGCCAUGGAAUGGUGUGGUGGUGAAAUGCAGUGUAAAGGCAGUGAGACAGGAGGCAGCUUUGGCAUAUGGAGGCAGUGGCUGAUUAAUUCAGCAGUGGAAGGUGGCAGCAGUGGGAGGUGGCAAAAGGCAGCAACAGGAGGCAGUGAUGAAAUGUGACAGCAGACUGCACUGACAGGAGCUGGUGGCAGCAGAAAGCAGUGGAGGAAGACAGCAGAGACAGGCGGCGCAUGAAGGCAGCAGCGGUGGAAGGAGGCAUCAAAAAUGGUGGUGGAAGAAGACAGAAGAAGGUGGAGGUGGCAGAAGGAAGGCAUUUGCGUUGGAAGGUGGCUGUAGCAGAUGAAGGCAACAGAAGCAGGCAGAAAAAUAGGAGGAGGAGGCAAUGGUGGAGGGAACAAAAAAAGGCAGAGGAAGAAAACCACAGAAUAAAGAAGAAGGAAAGGGAGGAGGCAAAGAAAAAUUGUUGUAAGAGGAGAAGGAAAAGGCUACAGACAAGGCUAUGAAGGAAGGUGGCAGAAGACAUUGGAAGAAGAGAAAAGGGAGGCUAUGGAAGAAGAGAGUGAAGGAGGAGGAGGAGGAGGCUGUGAAAGUAAAGAAGGAAGAAACAACUGAGGAGGCAGUAGAAGACAAUGGUGAAGAAGGCAAUGGAAGAAGAAGCAAGAGACAACAUAGGAAGUGAAGGAAAAAGGUGGCAGAAGAAGUGAAGGAGGAGGCAAUGGCAGUGGUGGAAAAAGGCAGUGAAGGAAGAGAGGGCAGACAGAAUGCAGCAGAAUGCAGCAGAAGUAUGUGAUGGAAGAAGAAAAGCAGGAUGUGAAAGAAGGAAAUGGAAGAAGGUGCUGAAAUUAGGCAUGAAGGAAGUGAUGAAGAAUGUGACGAGGUAAUUGAUAGAAGGAGACACCACAAAAACAUGGUGGAAGAAAAGGAGGAUGUGAUGGUGCAGGUGACAAAGGAAGAUGGCAGAGGAAAAGAAGGCAGAGGGAAUGGAGAAGGUGGUGGAAUAAAGUCUCAGAAGACUGCAGCAAAAAAAGAGAAGGAAGACUUGAUGGAAGAACUUGUUAGAAAAAGCAGGAGGCAAUGGAGGAAGGCAGUGUGAGGAGAAGGCCACAGAAGAAAGCAGAGGAUGAAAGUGGUAGAAGAAGGUGAUGUAACAAGAAAAGGAGGAGGAGACAGAAGAGGUAGAAUAGAAUAAGGAGGUGGAAGAAGGGGACAGCAGAAAGGAAGGAGGAGGCAAUGGAAGAAAAUGUUGGAAGAUUACAAGAAGAUGAAGGAGGAGAUGGAGGAGAUGGCUGUUCUUAUUUUGUGCUUACUCUACGUCAAGGACUUUUCAGCUUUCCAUGCUCUACCAGCAAGGAGGUGAACAUGAAGCUGUGGGGGAGCCUAACUGGGACAACUGACACUAACUGGCCAACAGGAUAUUCCACACCACAGAAUGUCAUCCUUAGAAUAUAAACUGGGAGGAGCUGGACAGACAGAACUAAUUACUGCCCAGAGAUAGGCUAAGCAUCGCUCAGCAGGUGGUGCUGUGUGUAAGAAUGAGACAAACAACUACACGUCUUCCAAAGCCAAAAGGUAUUUUUAGAUUGAAGGCUACCUUACGGAAUAAUUAGAAUAGCUCUCUAUCUUAGCAGAGGUUUAUGAUUAACGUGUAUGACAUUUGUACAUUCUACCAAUGCCUGUUAAUUCCCACACUUGGAUCUUCAAAUUUUCCACAGUGUACUUUUUGUCUGGAGAAAACCUUGGACUAGAGAUAAGACCAUCACCAAAAACGUAUUUCUAGCAGCUCCCACGUCCAGUCAGCCAGUCUGGGUUUGAGGUCGAAUCGAGACCAUGAAGUGCCUGCUGCUUCUCGCCUUUAUUGGGGUGGCUGUUGCCUUCCCCACCUUUGCUGAAGACGAUGAUGACAAGAUUGUGGGAGGCUACACCUGCGCACAGAACUCUGUGCCCUAUCAGGUGUCCCUGAAUUCUGGAUAUCACUUCUGUGGAGGUUCCCUCAUCAGCAGCCAGUGGGUCGUGUCAGCUGCUCACUGCUACAAAUCUCGCAUCCAAGUGCAGCUCGGGAAACACAACCUGGGGCUCACUGAAUCCACACAGCAGUUUAUCAACUCUGCUAAAGUCAUCCGCCACUCUGGCUACAGCUCCUACACCCUGGACAAUGACAUCAUGCUCAUCAAGCUGGCCACCCCAGCCACGCUCAGCAAAGCUAUCCAGACCAUUCCUCUGCCUACCAGCUGCGUGGCCGCCGGCACCACCUGCCUGAUCUCCGGCUGGGGCAACACUCUCAGCAGUGGCUCUAACUACCCAGACGAGCUGCAGUGCCUGAAGGCUCCAGUCCUCACCGACGAGCAGUGCUCUGAUGCCUACCCUGGGCAAAUUACCAAGAACAUGAUGUGUGUCGGAUACCUGGAGGGAGGAAAAGACUCCUGCCAGGGAGAUUCCGGCGGUCCCGUGGUCUGCAAUGGACAGCUCCAGGGCAUUGUCUCCUGGGGUUAUGGAUGUGCCCAGCGGGGUCUUCCUGGAGUUUACACCAAGGUUUGCAACUACGUCUCCUGGAUCCAGUCCACCAUCGCCUCCAACUGA